UCCCUUCUCCAGUAUUGCUGAUUGCUGAUCAUGCUGAACAACAGCAGUUUAGAUACCACAGUGGGAAAUGGAUCUCUAGUUGAUGAGCCUGGGGGGCUUGGCAGUGGACUCCACAGGACCCUGAGUGUGGUGCUGACCAUCAUGCUGGCCAUGGUGGUCUUCUCCUUGGGGUGCACGGUUGAGGUGCCCAAGCUGUGGUUCCACCUGCGCAAGCCCUGGGGCAUCCUGGUGGGCUUCAUCUGCCAGUUUGGCCUAAUGCCCCUCACAGCAUAUCUGCUAGCGACUGGGUUCGGCGUGCAGCCUGUCCAGGCAGUGGCAGUCAUCAUCAUGGGGUGCUGUCCAGGAGGGAUCAUCUCCAACAUCAUCACAUACUGGCUUGACGGAGACAUGGACCUCAGCAUCACCAUGACCAGCUGCUCCACAGUGCUCGGCAUGGGCAUGAUGCCACUCUGCCUCUACAUCUACACUCAUUCCUGGGUGGAAGCAGGGAGCAUCAAAAUACCAUAUUUUAACAUUGGCAUCACUCUUAUCACCUUAGUUGUGCCUGUGGCCUGUGGUGUCGCUGUCAACUACAAGUGGCCGAAAGCUGCAAAAAUGAUCCUGAGGGUUGGCUCUGUGGUCGGAGGCCUCCUGCUGCUGGUGGUGGGUCUGGCCAGCGCGUUAUUGUAUCGCGGCUCCUGGUAUACAGACAGCUCACUCCUCAUUAUCGGCUCUGUCUUCCCUCUCAUUGGCUACAGCAUCAGCUUCAUCAUUGCUGUCGUCCUAAGGCAGCCGUGGCCGAGAUGCCGAACCAUCGCUAUGGAGACGGGAGCCCAGAAUGUGCAGAUCUGCUCCACCAUGCUGCAGCUCUCCUUCCCGCCGGAGCAGCUGAUCCACAUGUUCACCUUUCCCCUCAUAUACGGCUCCUUCCAGCUGCUGAAUGGCCUCCUGCUGGUCACAGCGUAUCAGAUCUACAAACAGAUGCACCUACGCAGAACAGCUGAUGCCUCUGGACAGGAGCUGCAGACGGCACCGGGCGUCGACAGUGGCCACGGGGAAAUCAACAUGGGGUUUGAAAAUGACCACAAGGCUGUUCGCACUGCAAGCUGAACAGCUGGUCAACACUUGUCCGAUUCAAAUGUAACACACAGACUGAUGGAGGCUGGCUGUGUGGGAACCAGGUGUGACCGGUGUGGGGAAGGUUACUUCUGAAAUGUAAUGGGUUACAGGUUACUAAUUACCCCUUUAAAUAUGUUCAUCAAAAUAUAACUUCUUACAUUUGAUAACCUUUUGAUUACUUUUCUAACACAGAAUGAAUGUCAUAUUCUACAAAUAAACUUUUUUUUUUUAACCAAAAAAGAAUACAUUCAGAUGUAACCCCUUUGUAAUCACCAACUUUUUGAUUAGUAACUGUAUUUUUUUUUUUUUUUUCAGUAACCACACUGCAUUA